AGAGGUGCAAGCCACCACACCAGGCUGUAUCACAGCGAGAAAUUCCCUGUACACAUUGAGGGAGAUCUAAAAGCGAUAGCGCCCCGGAGGGAUGUCAAAGAGGAAGAGCUAGCGGACACGCCUACAGCAGGGAACCAAUCACUGCGCUCCUUAUGCAAGGGCUCAUUUACAUACAGUUAUCAGUGAAGCUGCAACACAGCCAGGAAGCAGCCGGCUUGAAGGGAUCUGCUACCAGCCGCAUCCACACUGACAUUGAAUUACACGCUAAUCUUACAGCGAUACCAGGCACACGAACGACGGCAACAGAUCCGAUGUACUUUUACUUUCUGCGAUAUGAUCUCUUUCUAAAUGAAGCAGCCGGCUUGAAGGGAUCUGCUACCAGCCGCAUCCACACUGACAUUGAAUUACACGCUAAUCUUACAGCGAUACCAGGCACACGAACGACGGCAACAGAUCCGACGUACUUUUACUUUCUGCGAUACGAUCUCUUUCUAAAUUUCGUCAUGCAGUGCCAGCGUCACCUCCUGCAGCAUCCCUUUGAUCUCAAGCUUUGUUGGAAGGCAUUUCAGGGUUUUAGGAAGGAUACCCCAUAUGCAGCGUUAGCCCCUAGGCCAUCGCGGCCAUCUCGAUGAGCGUUGCGUGCGCGUGUGUGCGCGCUCAAGCACAUGAGCGUCAAUCCUCCGUCUCCUCCUCUCCUGAUCUGCCCCAUUUUGCCUUUAAUCUGCACAAAUCCUGGUUAACUAGCCAGACAGCUUCUCAUCAUCUGAUGGGGACACCCUUUCCCUGAUCUGCCCAAUCUUUGCUCCUGUGAUGUCACUGGCCUCCAUUUCACAACAUGGCGAUAAAAUGUUUUUCAAAAGGUAGCAACCAUAGUGGUUAUCCCUUUAAAAUAGUUAAGACUUUACUCUGUAGUGAGUUGGCAGAUUGUACACUGAAUCAGGAUUGGACAAUAAAAUCUCCUCAGAAUUUCAAGAAACCUGUCUCUACCCCAGCAUUUCUAGCUUGCAGAAUGCCUUGCUUUCAAACCAAAUGCACAGGGAUACAGAGGGAGCCCCUGCUGCAGCAGCCAGCCAGUCAGAUCUGUCGAGAAGUUAAAGUGCAGUGUGUGAUUAAAGGAGCUGCAGUAACAGAGAGCUGGAUAGCUUUGAGCAUUCAGUCUAAAGGGAGAGGUUACCCUGUGUUCAGUUCAGCUGUUAGAUGUCUUUUGAAAUCCUUGUAUGUUUCUGGUGUGAAGAACAGGUCUUGCUCGUGUACCUGCCACAUGGGAGCGGCUACCAAAUCCAAAGGGAAAGGUACCUUGGGGCAGGUAGCUCUACCUGGGGACAUAAGAGCUCUUGGGGAAGGGAAUUGAACUGUGUUAAUAUGCAUUUAUCCACCCAGAGUGGAAUGUGGGACUGUGUCAAUGAAAGACUGUGCCAAGGGUUUGAUAGUCACACCGGUUCCCCAGGGCAGAGUUAAUUGUGUGAUUGUUGUGAUCCUCAGUGCUUACUAGGUGGAGGCAUUGCGCUGUAAAUCCCAGUUCCCAGUAUCUUUCAUAUGCAAAGGGUUAAUUGCUGUUUAAGAGUUACAUAUAUGUGGGUGAAAUAGCACUUUACUUAAAAAAAAAGUUUUUCUGAUCUAAAAAAAUUGCUUUUUGGCCUUAGCACUUAUCAUUUAUAGAAAGAUUUAUGAAA